AUGGCGGAGGAUAAAGAUUUCAACGAUGCUCUCGAAGAAAUAUUUCUAAGCGAAAAUACUCUACGCAACGAGAGUUACAAAGAGGGUUACCGAGCUGGAUGUGAUGCUGGAAGCCCUGAAGGUUAUCACUUAGGCUACCACAGAGGAGCUGAAAUUGGAAGAGAAAUCGGAUACUACUUUGGAAUUGUGACAAAUCACUUGGACAAUAAUAACAAAUCUGAUGUUCAGUUAUCAGAUAAAGUUGUACAGCAAUUGGAAAAGGUUCAGAAAUUAAUUGAAGACUUCCCCCGCACAAACUCUGAACAGCAUGACAUAUUAGCAUUGCUAGAAACUAACUGUCACAUGGUAGAGUUUUUUAAUGAGCAACAUUGGGAGAAGCUGCUACCAAAAGCCUUAAGACAAACAUUGGAUGACUGGGAUCUUAACUAUUCUGUUGAGAAAUUCUGGACAUACGCAUCUGAAAAAAAUAAUAAUGAUGAUUGUGAACUUCGGAAAUGGGUUCAUAAAGCACAAGCUCAUAGCCUCACGGUUAAUAAUGAAUACUGUAUUUCAAUUGAAAAGCUGCAGGAACAUGUAAAUUCUUGGGGCGGAGUUAUGCCACCAGAGAUUAAGGUUAAGGAGUUUAUGACUAGCAAAAAAAGUUAUGAGGUACAAAGAAUGUCUCGUUUUGUCGCAUCGCUUUACAACGCAACCAAAUCUACUCAUUGUUUAGAGGCGGGCGGAGGGAAAGGCCAUCUGUUGGUGGCUCUCACGCUCGGAUACAAUAUACCCAGUCUUACCGUGGACUGUGAUAGGAAAGCUUUGAAGAAUGCCUCUGAAAGGGUCAGAAGCAUUCAGAAAAAGUGGCGCGCCAUCGCUAAGAAAGUUAUAAACGGCAACGAAGAAUGUGCCGAUGGGAAUACAAACAGCGAUAUCCAUCGCUUCGCCACAGCUUUCGUAACAAAAGAUACGGAUGUCUCGAAGGUGGUCAAAGAUGCGUUUCCCGAACACUUCGGUGAAGAUAUGAAAAUACUAUUGACUGGUCUCCACACAUGCGGCAACCUCGGUCCGGACUCCCUCAGGAUCUUCGCCGCUCAGCCGUCCACGGGUGCUUUGUUCAACGUGCCUUGCUGCUACCACCUUCUCACCGAGGAGGUCGACGCUGGUCUGUUCGACGUGUUCCAAAGGGACUACGGCAGCGUUGCGCGUCCCGAGCACGGAUUCCCGAUGUCCGAAUACUUGAGAGGUUACAAUCUCGGGCGCAACGCGAGGAUGCUCGCCGCGCAGUCGAUAGACAGGGUGGUCCAUCACAGGCAGUUCCCGUCGAAGAGUUUGCUAUACAGGGCCUUGUUUCAGUUAAUCGUCAAACGGCACAAGCCCGGAUAUAUCAUGGGCGUUGGUAAGUUGAAGAAGAUGAAACUGGAACGGUUCGGGGAUUACUUCGUGGCGGCGGACCGUGCCCUGGGCGUAGGUCUAUGCGAUGUUCUCCCUGACGGUUUUCUAGCGGAGGUGUCUAAAGAUGCGGAGCUCCACUGGAGGAGGGUGGUGCUGUUCUAUUUGCUGAGGCUCUGCCUGGCCCAGGUGGUCGAGGGUGUGGUGCUGCUGGACCGGCUACUGUACCUGAUGGAGAACGGCUUCGAGAGGGCCUUCCUGGUCAGGCUGUUCGAGCCAGUCCUAUCGCCGCGAUGUCAUAGCAUCGUUGCUGUGAGG